AGCAGUAGAGCCGCAUUGCCUCACUCUGUUGCAUAUCAAGCUUCACGCCCCGGUAGCAGCAGAGGCCCCGAGGAACUGAACCUGAGGAGAAUGAUUGAGGAACUCGAUCUAUCGGAGGUCCCUUCGGUGUUCAUCUGCCCGAUUUCGCUCAAACCAAUGCAGAACCCGGUGACCCUUUGCACCGGUUAGACCUACGAGAAGUCGAACAUCCUCAAAUGGUUCAGCCUCGGGCACCUAACCUGUCCCUGGUGGUUCUCUCUCUCUCUGCUAGAAACUACUAGAAGGGAGAACGAUGGCUUAUGCGAUGAAGCCGACAAAGCUGGGUUUCGAGGAAUCUGAGCCACCGUAGAUUCACACGGAUUAGGAUAACUCUAUCUUCAAAGAAUGUGCAGAAACUUGAGAAAGGUUUGAGAUUUUUCCUCCAAAUCAAACUGCUCCCUUAUCGUUAAUUAGAUUGAGUAUAGCAUAAUCAUUUUCAUGGAUGUGAUACAAGCAAAGAAGUUCUCUCUAAUUGUUGCUACAAUUACAAGGAUAAGUUGAAUUACUCAAACAUCUUGUCCUCGAAGAUGUGCCUCGAAGGAGAAGAGGAAGCGGAAGCUCUGCUGCCGUGCUGCCUCGCACUCUAGCCCCCCUGCCGUUUCAGGAGCUGAACUGGAGUGAAGAUGAAGAAGACUAGGGUUUCAACGUUUCAGCUUUCAGAAUCGUCAAUUGUGCUCAUUUUUCAGUUUCGGGUCGGGGAUUUCCUUUAAAAAUUUUGAACCUAUGUAACUGACCGAUUCGAAUGGGUUCAAUGAUUUAUCUAAAAAUCGAUCGAUUUUUUGAGUUCACUGAUCUUUUUGUGUAUUUUCGAUUUUUAAGUUAACCGGACAUAGGUCUGGUUUUCGAUCCGAUCGAUCGAAUCGCCCGAUCCGAUCGAGUUCUGAUAACACUAAUAUUAAUAAGCUUUCGUUUGAUUUCAUAAUUUGAUUUUAAAAUUUUAACUCUAACUUUAACUCUACUCACUACACAACAAAAGUCAACAAUACAAUUAUUAUUUUUUCAUUUUUCUACAAAUUUUUUAACCAUUCAAUUCAAUUUUUAAUAAUAAAUUCUCUCAAUUAUUCAUUAUUUUUUCACAUUUUUUCUCAUAAUUUAACAUCACAAUUAUUACAAAUAAAUUAAAAUUAAAAUUCAACUCAAUUCAACUUUGGAAUUAAAUGGACUAUAUAAACUCGUGCAUAUUGCGGUUAGGUGUCUAGUAAUUUUUAAACAAAAUUUACACGGGUUCCUAUCUAGCUUUUAUUAUCACAAGUAGGAAAUUGAUCAAUCAGCGUCUUGCUCAUUAAUAUCUACAUCAUUUCAGACCCUUCAGUUGUGCUCUCUUCCUUUCUGUUUGUCGGAUCGGAACAGCGAAACCCUAAUUCGUUCCUUUCAACCGUAUUUCUGGGAGAAUAUUUCUGUUGCAGAUUACACGACUGGCCGAGCUUGCUUAGCACAACUACGUCGGAUUGAUUGUUUGAGCUCUCCUUGGCAUGGUUAUCGCGAGGACCCCUCCUAUGGAGAAGGAGCGAAUCCGGAAACGGCCACGUCUCGCCUGGGACGUGCCGCCGCCGGAGGAAGAGGUUCGUAUCGCACCGUCUGCUAGGGCUUCACCCGCAUUCGAAGCCCAACCUCUCGAAGCUUUAGAGCGGCCUGCGGUGGCUGCUCAUAAACUCGUGGUGGAGCGGCACAUUACGCCUCCGAGGAGGGACGAUGACCGGGAAGGCCAUUACGCGUUUAGCCUCGGCGAAAAUCUCACUCCAAGAUAUAAAAUUCUCAGCAAGAUGGGUGAAGGCACAUUUGGCCGUGUUUUGGAAUGUUGGGACCGCCAAACAAAGGAAUACGUAGCUAUUAAAGUAGUCCGAAAUGUGGCAAAAUACCGUGAUGCAGCCCUGGUUGAAGUUGAUAUCCUUCAGCACCUUGCCAAGAAUGACAACGGCAGCUCUCACUGUGUGCAGAUCUGCAAUUGGUUCGACUAUCGCAGUCACAUAUGCAUUGUGUUUGAGAAGCUUGGACCAAGCUUAUAUGAUUUUUUAAAGCGAAAUAGAUAUCAUCCAUUUCCUGUGGAUCUUGUUCGGGAAUUUGGACGUCAGCUUUUGGAAUCUGUAGCAUAUAUGCAUGAUCUACACUUAAUUCAUACUGACCUCAAGCCAGAAAAUAUACUUCUCGAGUCCUCUGAAUAUAUUAAGGUUCCUCAACUUAAGAGAAUAUCUUCAGACGAAACGCAAUUCAGAUGCUUGCCGAAGUCUAGUGCAAUUAAAGUGAUUGAUUUUGGUAGCACUACAUUCGGUAAUCAGAAACAUAGCUCCAUUGUCUGUACCAGGCAUUACCGAGCACCUGAGGUUAUACUAGGUUUAGGUUGGAGUUAUCCUUGUGAUUUAUGGAGCGUUGGUUGCAUACUUGUUGAACUCUGCUCGGGAGAAGCACUGUUCCAGACUCAUGAAAGUCUUGAGCAUCUCGCAAUGAUGGAGAGAGUGUUGGGACCUCUUCCGGAGCAUAUGAUUGUUAGGGCUAGUCAGGGGGCUGAGAAGUAUUUCAGGAGGCAGUCACGACUAAACUGGCCUGAAGGGGCUUCUUCACGGGAGAGUAUAAGAGCUGUCACAAAGCUUAAUUCUCUACAGAAGCUCAUAUCACGAUAUGCGGGGCCUACGACGUCGUCCCUCUCCUGUCUGCUGCAGGGUCUGUUGAAGUAUGAGCCCUCAGAACGGCUCACUGCUCGGGAAGCCCUCAGCCAUCCAUUCUUCAAGAACCUAUAAUGAGGGGAAGAUACAAAGUGGAUCGUCAUAUAAACGAAGUGGACCUCGAAAAAAAAAGAAAAGGGCAAAUCAUCUUUGAAGAAAACCAAGAGGACUUCGUGUUGUACUAUAUUUACAAUGCAAUGAAAAAUGAUCUUUCAUUUUUUGUUC